CGUCUGCUAUGAAAAAUCUACCUUGUAAUAUUCAUAGUAGGCGUAAUCAAAUUCACAUAGAUUUUUAGAUAGUUAGGCCUAUUCAUUAACAGUUGACUAGACUAGUUAUAAACUAAUUGAAAUUGAAUGUUCAUUGUUUUCUGAAAUUUAAAAUGAAUAAACCUGCACCAGUUCCUCUAUUUAACUAUCGCAAACGCCAGCGACAAGCAGUCAUAUCAGAUCCACAGCAACUGGCAUCAACUGCAUGUACUUCACUUAGCACAAAUUCCAUUGUCCCCAAUGAUGUCAGUUAUGGAUCUAACUCAAACCCAAGAAGUAAUUUCAAGUCAAAUCAAAAUGCAAUUGGAACAAAGAACAUAGUAACAAGUAAAGAUGUAAAUUCUGGUUUAAUGAGUUUAGAUGGAAAUUUUAGCAACAAGCUUGCAACUAGCAAUGAAAAACAAAAUAUUACAAGACAAAAUUCCAAUAUUGGCCAAGGUAAAAAAGACACAAAAGGAAUCCAACUGUCAACCACCAAUAAAAAUGUCAAGGUUAAUUCAACACCUGUGGGUCGAAGUUUGUCUACUUUUAACAGUUAUGGAAAUGUGCCAUCACAUUCAUCCACUAAUCAAGGAACAAGCAACACAUCUUUUAACUUUCAAAGUACAGGCAACAGAAAAACUACAUUCAGCAACAUGCAAAGCUUGGAAGACAGAAAUUCAAUCUACAAUCAGGGGAACUACAAUAGACAAGCUAGGGGUGCAAGUGUUGUGGGUGCAAGAAAUAAUGUGAAUAACCAGAAUGAAAGGAUGACUAUCUCCAAAACAGCACAUAACAAAUUAUCUAUGAAUAAAGGAAAUCAGAAAAAUGAUCAGGUUUUACAAAUGGGAGAUGACAGCAGUUUUACUAUGAAUAAAAGUGUGGAUGAUUUUCAGACUAAAAAAAAUACUAAGCCUAAGAUAGAAAAUAAAAAGCCUGCCCCUGAUACAUCAAUGCGCAUAUUUACUUGUGCAAUAUCUGUUCUUAAGUCCUGGACUUCCUCCAAAAUCAGUACUGGUUUGGUUAUGUUUGAAGUUUAUGGAGUUGUUGACUCUGCUACUCUCAAAGAUAAAAGUGGCACUGGGAAAGAGUUUAUGCUGAGAGAUGACACGUCAAGCAUUAAAUGUAUUUUUUAUGAAAUCGACAGACAAUUACCCAGACUAAUUAGAGGACAAGUAUACAGAGUUGUGGGUAUGGUGAAUCCAAAAACUGAAACUCUGAAGGUGGUUUCAGUGAGGUUGGCGGAAAAAGAUGAAAGGCAGAUCUGUCAGGUGGCCAGUGAAACUUCCCAGCGGGAGAUGGACAAUCUUGCUAGACUUCACAGUGAGCCAUAGUUGUAAGGUUAGAGAACAGCUUUCUGAUGGCAUUUGUUGAGCUCUUAAUACUACUGAAAUUUUGUUUUGACCUUUUUUUGUUGUUUUCA